AGAGAGCGACACAGCGGCGGUUGGUUUACCUGCUCAGUCAGUUUAAGGGUAACGUUAACGGGAGGAGCACCGGCACCGGCAGUUUGAAUCUACGUGAAGUUGAACAUUAACGGAUGGGAAGCGACACCGGCUCACCUGCCUCGCACCAGAGUAGGGGUUAACGUCACAAAGUUGACCCUAAGUGCUCCGCCGGUGCCUCGGACGUCAUGGCUCGGACCGGCUCCGGUGCCCUCCUCUCCCGCCGGAACAUCAAGCUGGACUCGUUCCUGAAGCGGAACACGGACCGGGGGUUGUACGACCGGAUCCGAGCCUACGAGCCGUGCGUGGUCAUCUCGGAGACCGUUAAUAAAGUCUACAUGCACGUGGUGCUGAGCGACGAGCGCGUGUACAUCACCGAGUACCCGCCGCGCACGCUCACCGAAGCCUUCAGCUUCAGCCGCGUGCGCGACAUCGAGCUGGUCAAUGACCUCCCAGAUUUUCUCAGCGGGAAGGACCGAGAACUCUGCCAGCACAUUCGGAUCACCUAUGUCACUGACAAGCCUGCAGCGAGGGGCCGUGAUUGGCUGAGGAGAGACAGGAGGGUGGGACUUUCUCCCGCAGCCCCGCCCUCUCGCAGAUCCAGCCACUGCCCAACGAUAACGCACACCUCAGACGGAUAUCCUGCACAGAGGAGUCCCAGGGACAGCCUAACAGAGGACGUCCCCUUGUUGCCGCCCACCCGUUCUGCCUCCUGUCCGAACCCGGAGUCUCUGGGCCUCCUGAGGGUCCCACGGCCCCCCACCCAGCCUCGCUCCACAGCCUCCUCCCCCACCGGCUCCCCCACCUCCCCUCUGUCCCCCAUCGCUCAAAGACUCAACCUCCCGGACUCUGGCCAGGUGCAGAGGAGGAUCGGAUCAGUUCUGUCCCGCCUGUUGAGACGAGACUGUGAGGCCAGCGGCGAGGAGAGGGAGGCGGAGCUGCAUCUGUACGCCGUAUCACACACCUCCAGACUUUACCUCCACCUCCAGAGCUCAUGGAACAGCUUCAUUAUUAGGUCCACUCUGUUGUUAGACCCGCUCUACAGAAGGAGGUGCAGUUGCUCCUCUGAGUCCUCUCCUGGACAGAGACUCCCUGCCAUCAGCUGGGAGCGGACGGCUCACCUGUUUGGUCAGCUGAGCUCUGAGCUCCUGCAGGAGGGGAUCAGCGUGGAGAGUCUGUACCUGCUGCUGCAGGAGCUGAGGACCGCCGCUCACCGCAACAUCACGCUGCGCCGACUCUUCUGGAGGUCCAGUGAGGUUUGCUCCUUCCUGGUUCAGACUCUGGAGGAAUCUCUGCACGGCUGUCAGAGUCUCAGCGGAGCCUACACAGCAGAUCAGCUACUACUGAGCACUCUGACCGCGCAGACGCUCGCCGUCAUGUUCAGAGAGACGGAGGUGGAACCGGCCAGACUCAGCCUGCUAUGUGCCAAAAAAGGUGCCCUGGCCUCCAGACUGCUGCUUGCCUUGAUUUGUGAUCCAGAGCUGCAAACACAGAACCAAAAAUCUCUGGUCGACUGUGAACUUCAGGCCUUACUAGCUGAGUAUCUGGACGCCGCCUGCUCUCUGCUCUUUGAGCUGCUGCUUUUAGGCCACGAGGCCAGCAGAUGUUUCUCUGCUGACAACUUCCUGUCCGUUGGCUGGAUCCUCCGAGUCCUGCAGCCUCAUCCUCACCUGCUGUCCUUCAUUGACUACCAGGCCCAGCAGCUGGUUCUGGGUCUGUCAGACCCCCAGGAGACCUUUCUGAGUCCAGGUCAGUCCGUGCUGCUGUUCCAGCGCUGUCGCCUGCUGCUCGCCUGCCUGCAGCACAACAACCAGCUGGCACAGCACCUCCGCUCACACUUCAGGGAGGAGUUCAGGUACUUUGUGAAGCCGUCCCGAGCCGAGGAGAAGCUGCCGCCUCACUACUCCAUCAGCCAGCCGACCCUGCAGCUGGUGGAGCAGAUCCUGGAUCUGACUCUGCACAGAUGAUCGCAUUAAACACACGUGCUCUUACACCUGGAAGCAGGACUGUGACAGUGUGUGCCUUCACAGGAGCUGUGAAACUCCUGAUCGGACGAACUGAGCAGUAAAUCUGCAGCUGCAAACAAACGACCCCAGCAGAAAUAACAGCACUACUGACUUUCA